AUGAAAGCAAUGAAAACAAUUGUUAACGCCUUCUUCUUCCUAUUGCCUGUCUUCUCCGCUGCGGCGGUCGAAAUACGGCAAGGAAAAGCCGUCCCUUCGUCAGGAUGUAUGGAAGCAUGUUCGCGCUUGGCCGGUGAUUCCGGCUCAUUUGCAUUCUUUCCAGGCAAUGUGAACCUCACUGUCUGGGAUGCGAAGCAACAAGAAUCCCAAUCUGCUUGUCGAGUCCUGCCGACAACGACUGAGGAUGUGUCGAGUAUUCUUCGUGUCAUCCUGGAUACAUCAUGUCGUUUUGCGGUCAAAGGAGGUGGCCAUGCUCGGGACGCCGAUGAUUCUAUCUCUGUUGGUGGUGUCACUAUUGAUAUGCAGAGGAUGAGAUCUAUCGAGGUUUCCUCCGACCGAUCGAGCGCAAAACUGGGCAGUGGCCAUGUGUUGUACAGUUUGUAUGAGGGUCUUGAGAGAUAUAACCUUAGUACGGUUGGUGGAAGGGUUGCCGAUGUAGGCCUGGGUGGGUUUACUCUUGGAGGAGGGUUUUCCAGACUGUCUGCCACGUACGGAUUGGCGAUGGAUAACGUUUUGGAAUAUGAGCUUGUCUUGCCGAAUGCUACCGUUGCAAUCGUCAAUCAGCAAACACACCCGGAUCUUUACUUUGCCCUUAGGGGAGGUAUGAAUAAUUUCGGUAUUGUCACGCAUUUCACAAUGACGGCUGUUCCCCAAGGCCCAGUUCACGGAGGAGGUAGAACUUUCUCGGGGGAUCAGAGGGAGGAGAUCCUCGAGCAGGCCCACCAGUUGACAACUACAUGGAAGAACGAUACCGCACUGGCAUUCUUCUACAGCUUUGAUUAUGACCCAAUGGCAGGCGAGUUCAGCCUUACGAUGAACCAAGAAUACGCACAGGAGACAUCCGACCCAGUGCCAUUCAGACAGUUGAACGCGCUUCCAUUCGAAUCAAGUACUCUUCGGACAGACUGGCCGAGCAGCUUCUCCCUCGACCUAAUCUCGCCUGCUGGUGGCCGAAAUCUGUAUGCGACGUUGACCUACUAUCCAUCUGCAGAUCUCGACCGAGAGAUGCAGGAUAUAUUGGUUGAAGAAUCGAGAUCAAUCAAGAACAUCCCAGGCUUUGCCCCGAGUCUUGUAAUUCAACCUCUGUACGAGGCCGCUCUUCGCACCAACAAACAAAACGGAGGGAGUGCCUCUCGAAUAGAAGCUGAUGGGCCACUUUCAGUUGUUUUGUUUAACCCACGAUGGAAUGACGAAGCCGAUGACAGUGCCAUCAACGCGUUCGCAGAUAGAUGGGUCCAAAGAGCGAUUUCUGCAGCACAAAAAGUCGGAAAGCACCACCCCUGGCUAUAUAUUAACUACGCAAGCAAACACCAGGAGCCGUUUGUCGGCUAUGGAGAGGCUAAUUUGCAAAGAUUGAGGGAAAUCCAGAGAAGUGUGGAUCCUAAUGGCAUAUUUACAUCAACCGGAUUAUGCAGGGGAUAUUUCAAGCUGGAUUGA